AACCUUGAAAAAAAUUGAGGCGCCAAAAGGAAUACACUUUGUUAAUUCCUAUGUUCUUUUGAAAUUUGAAAGUGUUUUUCUAUAGUUAAGUACCACAAAAUGCAACGAAGCAUCACAUCAUUUUUCAAGCCACGAAACACGAACAACAGCAGCACCACUGAAAAUGGGUAUGUAAAUAAAGCAUUUUAGGUGAUAAAUAUGUUAAAAUUAACGCUCGUGUCUUUAUUAAGAACUUAUGGUUAUGGCAGAAUUCAUUGUAAUGUAGUUCAGCAAAAUAUUUGUAAAAUUUCAUUGUGUAAUAGUGAUUUAAAAAAAUAUUUGUAUAGUGAAUCUCCAAAAGGGGAGAAGAGGUCUCGAAAGUCUAGCAGUGAUGAGCCUGAAGACCUAAAAAGUACUUCAGAAAAGACUGCUCAAGUGAAAAAGUUGAAACAGACAAAUGAGAAAGCAAAAACAAGUAAGUCUGAAAAAACAAGCAAAUCCCCAAAGGAGAGAAAAGGAAGAAUUAUGAAAUUUCCGAGUUCAUCUUCUGAUUCAGACACCCCACCAAGCCCUAAAAAAUCCAAGGAAACUGAAAAAGAAAUGAAGACAGUAAAGUCAGAAAAAGCAUCACCUAAAAUCGAAGAAAUAAAAACUGAUAAAAUUCAGAAAGAUCCUGUGGAUAGUUCAGAUUCAUCACCGAGUCCUAAAAAAGAAAAUAUUAAAACUGAAGAGAAAACUCCAGAGAAAGUGGCUGAGCCUGUUAAAAAUGAACCAUCCAAGAAAAUUACCAAAAACAUAUUUGGUAAACAAGAUGAAAGCAAACAAGAAGCGAAUGUAAAUGGAUAUAACCCAAGAAUUGGCAAAUAUCAUCCAAUAGAAAAUGCUACUUGGAAAAGAAAUGAAAGGGUUCCCUAUAGUGCCUUAGCAAACACUUUAGAAGCAAUAGAAGAAGUAUCAGCAAGACUUAAAAUGAUUGAAAUUUUAAGCAACUUUUUUAGGUCCGUUAUAGUACUAACACCAGAAGACUUGCUGCCGAGUGUUUAUUUGUGUCUUAAUAAAAUUGCUCCCGCAUAUGAAGGUAUCGAACUUGGAGUAGCAGAAACAAGCUUAAUGAAAGCAAUUGCCCAAUCCACGGGCCGUACAGUCAGCCAAAUCAAAUCAGAUGCCCAAGACAGUGGAGAUCUGGGAAUUGUGGCAGAACAAUCCAAGUCAAAUCAAAGAAUGAUCUUUAAACCUGCUCGGUUAACUGUUAAAGCAGUGUUUGACAAACUGAAGGAAAUUGCUCAAAUGACUGGACACGCUUCUCAAACUAAAAAAGUCGAAAAGAUCCAAUCAAUGUUUGUGGCAUGUCAAGGCCCCGAGGCCAGAUUUUUAAUUCGGGGCCUGCAUGGGAAACUGAGAAUAGGAUUGGCCGAGCAGUCGGUGCUGCAAGCACUUGCUCUGGCUUGUGCCAUGACCCCGCCCAAUCAAAAAUAUCCUCCAAAGGUGAUUAAUGGUUCUAAGGGUCAAUCUAGUGAGUCUUUUAAGGCUGAAGUUGAGAGGCUGGCUCUGAUUUUGAAAACUGCGUAUUGUGAGUGUCCAAAUUACGACAAAAUUAUCCCGGUUAUAUUAAAUGAGGGAAUAGAAAUGUUGCCUGAAAAAUGUAAGCUGACCCCUGGCAUACCUCUAAAACCCAUGUUGGCUCAUCCUACUAAAGGUGUUCAAGAAGUUCUUCAAAGAUUUGAAGGGAUGACCUUUACUUGUGAAUGGAAAUAUGAUGGUGAAAGGGCACAGAUCCACAUUCACAAAGACGACGUGUCGAUAUUCAGCAGAAAUCAAGAAAACAACACUUCAAAAUAUCCGGACAUAAUUUCACGUCUGGAUAAAUGCAAAACCGAACAAGUGGAGUCAUGUAUUUUAGACUGUGAGGCCGUCGCCUACGAUAAAGAGAAAAAGCAAAUUUUACCGUUCCAGAUUUUAAGUACCAGAAAGAGAAAGGACGCCAACGAGGCCGAUAUAAAAGUACAAGUUUGCGUGUUUAUGUUCGAUUUGUUAUUUUUGAACGGCGAACCGCUGGUUAAAAAACCGUUUAAAGAAAGGCGUGAAUUGCUUAAGCAACAUUUUACGGAACACGAAGGCGAAUGGCUUUUUGCCAAAGCAUUAGAUACCACGAAAAUGGAGGAAGUGCAAGAAUUUUUAGAGGAAAGCGUAAAAGGAAACUGUGAAGGUCUAAUGGUAAAAACCCUAGAACAAGACGCCACUUACGAAAUAGCCAAACGUUCCCGCAAUUGGUUAAAACUAAAAAAAGACUAUUUAGAAGGGGUCGGAGACACUUUAGAUGUGGUCGUUAUCGGCGGAUAUAUCGGUAAGGGAAAACGUACCGGAACUUACGGGGGUUUCUUAUUGGCCUGCUACGAUAAGGACAGCGAAGAAUAUCAAAGUAUUUGCAAGAUCGGUACGGGAUUUAGUGACGAAGAUCUUCAACGGCACACAGAUUUCCUUAAGAAUCACGUGGUGUCGCAGGCGAAAACUUAUUACAGGUACGACGGCUCCUUAGAGCCGGAUCACUGGUUCGAACCGGUUCAGGUGUGGGAAAUCAAGUGUGCCGAUUUGUCUUUGUCGCCAGUGCAUAGAGCAGCCAUGGGAAUUGUUGAUCCAGAAAAGGGCAUAUCCCUAAGGUUCCCCCGAUUUAUCAGAAUACGAGACGAUAAAACCGUGGAAGAGGCGACUUCUUCGCAACAGGUGGCGUACAUGUACUCAAACCAGGAACAAGUUAAAAACCAAUCCGAUGGCAAUAAGUUCUUCGAGGAAGAUUUCUACUAAAAAGAACUGAAAUUUAGUUAUUUAGAUCGUAAGUGUACUAAUGUUAUUUUAAUGUUGUAAGAGGAUUAAAUGAAAGCCACAUUUCCAGCACA